CUAAGCCGCUAUAAUUGAAACACCUGCGUUGGUGUGAAGCCUUAAGUCCACUGCUUUGUUGCUCACAUUCUUGACCUUGUGAUGUGGUGAAGAACUGUCUUUCUUGGCUGUUGCUGUAAUUGUAAAUUAUGAGAAUAAAUGUAGAUAUGGGGGCAUGUAACUGCUGCUGUGAUUUCAGUAGGAUAUGUUUUAGUGGAAGUCCAUAUUUGUUUCUAUUUCAUAUUUAACUUUGCUGGAAGAAAUAUUAUGAAUUAGUGUAUACUUUGGCAGGAUAUUGAAGGAAAAAAAAAAUAUAUCUCCCACCCCAAAUAAUGUAGCCUUUGUUGCAGUCAUUGUAAUGAGUAGCAUUGACAUUACCAAGAAAUUCUGACAUGUAUUUAAAGUCUAAACCGGAUUCUUCCCAUUGUUUACACCAAAACCACAAAACACAUGUUUGUGUACAUAUUCUUUUAUUAUCCUCUAAGAAUUUUAACACUCUCUAAUUUAGCUGUGUCUGGGGUGUUUAAUGGUUUAGUUAGAAUUGUUAGUGAGGCAGGGUUGAAGUUGAAUAAUGCUAACGACAUGAAUCAGAUGAUGAAUUAUUGGUUUAUUGUACCCACACAUAUCAACAGCCAUAUAAAAACAUGUGCAAUGCAAGAAGAAAUGAUCAUAUCUGCUGUGUCCCUACUGUGUGCAGGGAUAAGAGGAUACUCAACAUAUCAAGUGCUUACGGCUUGUUUGUUUCAGCGAAUAAAGAAGAGACAGCAAUGGCAAUUCUGAGGACUACACUUUGUGCUUUCCUCAUGGUGACUCUGGCGUUGACCAAACCAAUCUGCAUGAGUGAGGGUGAGGAUUCAUCCAAGUCAUCAGACUCCAGUGAGACAAAUUCAUCAGAGGAGACUGCCGCCCAUGUCGAGCCUUCACAGGAACCCGUGCAGCCGAUGUCUACAGAGGCAGACGUGCCUACUGCUACGGAGGGUGCUGCUGUCCUACUUCCCUCUGCAGAAGCAGGGCCUUCUCCAGCCACCCUGGAGACUUCGGCCCCGCCAUACCCUGAGGACCCACAAACCUCCACUGAUGCAGAUGCUUCGCAACUCAUUCCAGAUGACCCUUCCCAAACUGCUCUGGGCGUAGACAUUUCUCAGGACAUGCCAAAUUCGGAUCCUGCACAGGACUCAAUUAACGCCGACACUGUGCACGGCCUGCCAGAUCCAGAGGUCUCACUAGUUGUUAGUGGCACAAACCAACCACCAUUCACCGCCACCACAUACCAAAGAUUCCCCCAGGGUGCCACUCCACCCUCUCCUCCAAACGUCAUCAACCCAACACCUCCGCCAUUCUCCGCAGGUCCGCCCCUGACAAUCCCCGUCGAUUCCACCCUGACUAGUGCUCCUGUCUGUUUCACGUUCCAGUUUUCCACCCCCGAGCCGAAACCCCCUAGAGGAGACAGCAUUUGAUCCUACCAGACACAGCUAUCCAUUUCACUUUUACAGUCCUACUUCAAGUUGCUGGUUCUGUCCAUGUUAUUGCUGUACAUAUAGGUCAUGCUGUGUUGAUACUUUUUCAUUUGUCGCUGCUUGGUAAAAACCUUAUCUCUAUAUUCAGUCAAAAAUAAAAUAGUCAUUUUCAUUUCUUUUCAUAAAUUAAAUUCAAUUUUAUUUAUAGUAUCAAAUCAUAAGAGUUAUCUCAAGACACUUUACAGA